CACAGGGUGAUUGCGAGAACGUGUGCUCAGGUCCUAAAAACCUGACCACUUGCUAGAUUUCGUGUUGCGAUAUGAAGUUUAGGUGUUAUUGUACUUGAUUUGCACUUAUGAAAAAAGUAUUUAUUUAUUUAUCCGAAAGUUGCCAAUUUACUGAGCCAAAGCAAUACCCGAAACAAGCGCAGCUAGUAUAUCUGUGUUUGUGAAACCACGAUUAGUUUGUUUCAUUUUAUUAAGUCGGCUAUCUUUAGUUUAAUAAAGUAAACGAAGAUGUCUACGGGCUGUCAGCGGACUACUGCCAAGGCUAUUCCGUCAACUAGACGGGUGACCAUAAACAACGCGGAGCAAAUGCCCCAUGACUACUGCACUACUCCCGGGGGGACGCUGUUCAGCACCACUCCUGGCGGUACCAGGAUCAUCUAUGACCGAAAGUUCCUGUUGGAGUGUCGCAGCUCCCCAGUGGCCAAGACUCCCCCACCUGGUCUGCCUGCCAUUCCUGGGGUGACCAGUCCCCCUUCCAAAGACAUCAGUGAGAAGGCCCAUAACGGAGAACCAUUGAGUAACAACAAUAUCAUCACUUCACCCGAUAACAAGAGCACUGGUGAUGAUGCACAGUUUGAAAUGGACAUCUAGUGGGUGCUGAAUGAAUGUCUUCAGAGAUGUCAAUCAACAACCUCAGUACUAAUGUGGUGCCAUAGAAGAGAGGCUCAGGACUACCUGCUUUAAUUUCAUCGCGCAUUCCGUUAAGAUGGAGGCUCCCCUUCAAUAAUUUCUUUGUCAUAGUCUUCUAAAGAUGUCUGUGUUAAUUUCAUUAGCUUCGCAGUCAAGGACAAAUUGGCAAUUUUAGCCUGUCUGCCUCAAGUCACAAGUUUUUGGGUUUUUUUAUCCCCAGUUGUACUUGGCCAAUUACCCCACUCUUCUGAGCCAUCCCGGUCACUGCUCCAACCCCUCUGCUAAUGUUGAGAGAGCUGCAGACUACCACAUGCCUCCCCCGAAACAUGUGGAGUCGACAGCCGCGCUUCUUUUCUCCUGAUAGUGAUGAGUUUCACCAGGGGGAUGUAGCACAUGGGAGGAUGACGCCAUUCUCCCCAGUAACCCCCCCCCCCCCGAACAGGCGCCCUGGCCGACCAAAGGAGGCGCAAGUACAGCAACCAGGACACAUACCCACAUCCGGCUUUCCACCUGCAGACACAGCCAAUUGUGUCUGUAGGGAUGCCCAACCAAGCUGCAGUUAACACGGGGAUUUGAACCAACAAUCCCUGUAUUGGUAGGCAACGGAAUAGACCGCCACGCCACCUGGACACCCUCAAGGCACAAGUUUGAUCCCAGUAUGUGAUCCAUGUUUGCGUUCCUAUAAUGGUGAGAGGUUGGGAUUUAGCUCUGAAAAGGACCUCAGAGGCAGAAAAAGUGUCCCUCAGCACCCAUUUAGUUUCAUGAAAGUAAAGAUCUCUUGGAAAACACAUCAUUUUAGUUCAUUGAUUUUGUUUUUGUUUUUUUUUUUCCUUUCUUUUUUUCCCCCAGAACAUUCCAUAAGAUUUUGUCUCUUUUGAAGUCUGCUUAUUUGUCCGUCGUUCCUGUCGCCUCUCUUCAGAUAUUGCCUUUAAACCUCAAGAUACUGUAUAAUUUGAUGGAUCAUCCUAAAUAGAAAACAUUGUUCACCUUAAAAAUGUCAGAAUAUACAACAUACUUUUGUUAGAAUGAUUUAUAAAAAAAAUUUUUUUUGCAUGGUUUGAGGUGACAAAGCAUUAAAAAAAAAACCUCCUUUCCUCAUCUGUUUGAUAAAGCCUCACAUGGUGAAAUGACA